AUGGAGGAGCCCAGGGCUACCCUUCCGCCGUACUUAGGGCUGAUUCUGGAGAAGCUGCGUAGGGUUGUGGCAGCUCUGCCUGAAGAUAUGAGACCAGUUCCUAAUUCUUAUGAUUUUCCAUGGGAAUUGGUGAUAUGUGCAUCUAUUUUGGGAUUUUUUGCUAUACCCUUGUUUUUGUGGAGAAGUUUUCAAUCGGUUAGAAGUCGACUUUAUGUGCGUCGGGAGGAAAAGCUUGCUGUAAAACUCUCAGCACUAAUUGAAGAAAAAUGUAAACUACUUGACAGGCUUAGCCUUGUUCAAAAAGAGUAUGAAGGCUUAGAGCCAUCUGUAAAGGAUGCCAGCUUUGGGAAGGAGUUAACAGAAGCACAAAGAUUGGAGGUAAAAACAAGAAUGGCAACCUGUGAAAGACUGGAUAAGUCUAAGUCUGAACUGGAGGCUGAAAUACUCUCUCUAGAAAAAGAGUUAAAAGAAGAGAAAGCUAAACAUUCUGAACAAGAUGAAUUGAUGACAGAUAUUUCUGAAAGGAUACAGGCCCUAGAGGAUGAAUCAAAAUCUCUCAAGUCAAAAGUAGCCGAAGCCAAAAUGACCUUCAAAAUAUUUCAAAUGAAUGAAGAACGGCUUAAGAUAACAAUAAACUAUGCUUUGAAUGAAAAUUCCGAACUUCAGGAAAACCAGAAACAGCUUACACAAGAAGCUGAAGAAUGGAAAGAAAAAUUGAGUGAAUUUAAUAAACAGAAAGUAGCACUUGAGAACUCCAAAGUACAUAUGGAACAAGUUCUGAAUGAUAAAGAAAAUCAGAUGAAGUCUCUGACUGAAUGUUUGCUGAAGACGGAGGUUUUGCCUGCUGUGCUUGGAGAAGACGUAAUGGAUGAUGAUAACUUUGAAUUAGAAAUGAAGAGUGAAUCAGAAAGCGGUGUCUGUUUAGGUGAUCAGCCGAGAGGAGCUUUGAAGAAACUGAUCCAUGCUGCUCAGUUAAAUGCUUCCUUAAAAACGUUAGAAGGAGAAAGAAACCAAGUUUACACUCACCUAUCUGAAGCAGAUAAAACAAAGGAAGAGCUUACAGAGUGCAUUAAAGGUCUCCAGACUGAGAAAUCAUCUUUGCAGUCAGCAAAUACACAGUUUGAAAAUGAGAAUCAAAAGCUUCAGCAGAAACUUAAAGUAAUUACUGAGCUGUAUCAAGAAAAUGAAAUGAAGCUUCACAGGAAAUUAACAGUAGAGGAAAAGUACCGAUUAGAGAAACAGGAGAAACUUUCUAAAGCUGACGAAAAACUCAGUCACGCAGCUGAGGAACUGGAGGCCUACAGAAAGCGAGUCAAAGAUCUUGAAGAAGAAUUGGAGAGAACCAUCAUUUCUUAUCAAGGGCAGAUUACUUCUCAUGAAAAAAAAGCACAUGAUAAUUGGAUGGCAGCUCGGACUGCUGAAAGAAAUCUUAAUGAUUUAAGGAAAGAAAAUGCUCACAACAGACAAAAAUUAACUGAAAGAGAGUUUAAAUAUGAACUUUUAGAAAAAGAUCCUUAUGCCCUUGAUGUUCCAAAUGCAGCAUUUGGCAGAGAGCAUUCCCCAUAUGGUCCCUCACCAUUGGGUCGGCCUUCAUCUGAAACGAGAGCUUUUCUCUCACCUCCAACUUUGUUGGAGGGUCCACUCAGACUUUCACCUUUGCUUCCAGGGGGAGGAGGAAGAGGUUCCAGAGGACCAGGGAAUCUCUUGGACCAUCAGAUGACCAAUGAAAGAGGAGACUCAAGCUAUGAUAGGUUACUUGAUCCUCAUGGCGCACCUUCUGACACUGGUUCUCUGUCACCUCCAUGGGAACAGGAUCGUAGGAUGAUGAUCCCUCCAUCAGGCCAAUCCUAUCCUGAUACAAUUGUUCCUCCACAAAGACAAGAUAAAUUUUAUUCUAAUUCUGGUAGACUGUCUGGACCAGCCGAGCUCAAAAGUGUUAAUAUGCCUUCUUUGGAUAAAACAGAUGGGCCAAUAUCUUCAGAAAUGGAAUCCAGUAAAAAUGAUCCCAAAGAUGAUUUUGGUAAUUUAAACAUGCCUGAUUCAUCUCUACCUGCUGAAAAUGAAGCACCUGGUGGACCCGGAUUUGCCCCUCCACCUCACCCUCCAGUUAGAGGUCCGUUGUUUCCAGUGGAUGCCAGGGGGCCUUUCCUGAGGAGGGGACCUCCUUUCCCUCCACCUCCUCCAGCAGGCAUGUACGGACCUCCUCGGGAUUAUUUCCCACCAAGGGAUUUCCCUGGCCCACUACAUGCACCAUUAGCAAUGAGAAAUAUGUAUGCACGGAGAGGUUUUCCUCAAUAUCUUCCCCCAAGACCUGGAUUUUACCCUCCACCUCCAAACCCUGAAAAUAGAAGUGAAUUCCCUUCAGGUUUGAUUCAGACUUCAAAUGAGCUUACUACUGAACAUCAAGACCCACCACAAGAAACUUGA